AUGAAGGUGGCACCGUCGUCGAGCGGGGUGUCUGCGCUCAAGGCGCUGCAGUGCAAGGUAUUCGGAACGACGUACAAUCCCACACAGGCACGCACAGGAGCCAAGGUGCUGCGUCAACGACUCCAAGGUCCCUCGAUGCUGGCGUACUAUCCACCCACGGUGAACCUGCGCGCGAUCGAAAAGCUGGCCCCCGGACUGGGCAGGCUGCAGGACGUGCGCGAGAUCCAGCGCGAGAAGGACGUGGAGCGCAAAAAGAUGCUCGGCAAGGGUCCUCCAAAGAAGGGCGAGGGACGACGUGCGGCCAUGAAGGGCAAGCGCAAGUAG